AUGAGUGCCUAUAGCUUGUACGGAAAGAGGUGCGGCGACCCCAGCCACUGGCCGCAGUGGAUUCCGCUCACUGGGGAGCCGAACGCCUCCCUGCCCGUCCCACCCCAGCCUCGCUCCCCGACACUGUCGACCAACGCGACUUCGUCGCCCGGCAUCGACGACGGCUCGCGGGAGGCUUGGAUAGACGCACUGCUGCAGUACGUGACACAAUGGAUGGCGAUCUUACCAGGUGGUAUCAGCAGCGAGACAGAAGCGGCGCUGCAUGGCGCAGAAAUCCCUACAGGGAUCUUCUCCAUGAACGCAACAGACAGCGCACGCGCGUCGCCGCCGGUGCAGCCAGUAGCCAUGCUGAACGCGAUGCUAGUGAGUCUGCCCACCGCCGUAGCGGCCCCGCACGUACAAGGACGGCCGCAGGGGGCCGCGUCGCCUCCGCGUCCCGAAGAAGCCGCUGAGCCUGGCUCGUCGCUGACUUCCACCAACGUGCCAGAGCUCACUCCUAUAAUCGAGGACACCCCUGCACGUCCUCCGCAGCUACUGGACGUGGCUGCGCGACUGCUGCGCCACAGCAAGUGGCUCGCCUCGGGACUGUCGCACGCCGCUGGACCGGCACCGCGGUUGCCAUCUGCUGCUCUCGUCUCCCACGCCUACCAACACGCGCUGCUUGCCGCGUGCAGCUCUGACUGGGUGAUACAGCUCCGCCGCGCAUACAAGGCGGGGACAGCGACCAAUGGCACCACCACAGCGAAGGCAGACGCGCUCGACCUGACAGCGUCGCUUCCAUGGACGCUGCCGCCUACAGUCCUCGCGGAGUCGUCUACGAGCGGACGCGCGAUGCAGCCGAUCACGGGCUACCGCGGUACGCUCGUCUUGCUUCUGUUCCAUCCACUGCGCGUCGUUCGCGUUUGGGCGCGUGAUAUGCUGCUUCGCGUGAUGACGUGCACCGCGCCGCAGCAGGAGGCCCCAGCGCCGAGCGAGUCGAGCAGCGACGGCGGUGAGCGUGCGCUCGCAACCCUUCUCUCCUUUUCACUGCGGCUGCUGUGCACGCUGAAGCACGUGUCGGUGCUGCCGGCCCAGGUCUCCUUUAUCAGCCUCCACGCACAUCCAUCGUCGACCGCCAGCGCGGCCUCGGAGCGACACGUGAACGCGGUCAAAUAUGUGAUGCAGGACCGCGUGCACACGGUCGUCGACGGCAUCUUCCACCUGCUCACGCUGCUCACCGCCUGGGACACGCACUUUGGGAAGGCGGUGGAAGCCCUGGCGAUGACAUCGACCGCAACCACCGACCGCGCGUCCGCCACAUCGCUGCCUAUCUUACUGGGCAAGUGCCGUGCAACAGUCCUGCUGCUCGGAGGCAGCCUCGUGCUCUACGGACUGCAGGGACUACAUCAAGGCAUCCAUCGUGCGCUGCUCGAGGCGUGGCGCGAUCAACAGCAUCGACAUCCGCUGAGCUUCUCCGAACGCGCGGAUGUGUCCCGCGCGUCGCAGGCAGCCAUGGCGCAGCUGCUGGGCCCUCUAAACGCUCUUCUUUCCAGUAAUCCGCGCAUGCCACGGGCGAAUGCGGUGGCAGCGACUUUCAUCCGCAGAGCGCUCGCUAAGGUCCUCGUGCACUGUCUCCUGGACAACGCCAGCGGUCUUGCGAGCACCAAGGAAGAAGAGGCGUGGCGCAGAGCGCGGCUGGAGUGGCUCUGGAUGUUCGCGGCAGCGCUCGAGCCGCCGACGCCGCGGACGGCGGCACCCCUGUCGGCCGAUGGUCCCAACGCGUCUGCGCCAUCCCCUGCGGGCCAUACCGACGCGGUUGCGCCUGAGCACCAGGGCAGUGGCGCAACGAAGGCGGCUGGGCAUGACGAUGCCGGCCCGGGAACGCUGGUGUGGGUGCCGGGGCGAUGCGCUGGUUGGUUGCUGCGGCCGCUGUUGAAGAAUGCGGCGCAACAAUUCCAGUGGGCGAAGGCGAUGGCGGCUGCGAAGGCAAAGCUGUCUGCCGGGGGCGCGGCGACUGCGUCGGACGGCACGGAUAGCCCCAUAGCAGUGCUCGACAAGGCCGUGUACGGUAUCUAUAUGCUGCUCGACAGCCUCGCCACAGCGCUGCCACGCCUCGUGCGCAGCACUUACCUGCACGACACGCUGGUGGCGCACGAGUCGCAACUCCUCACGCUCGCCAUUGGCGGCAUCGUGCACACCCGCAGCACACACGCGCUGCGCCUGCAUCGUCUUCUCUUUUACGCGGAUGUGCACGCGUUCGCGACGGGUGCUGCGGUCCAGGGGAGGGGUGACACCGCCCCAGCCGGCACGGUCGGUGUCCCGAGCGUGUGCCUCCAACGUUUGUGGCUCACGCUGCCAACGCUCAUUCUGCAGGUGUGCAAGAGCAGCGCCCUCUCUCCGGCAGACUGCGGUGGUCAUGCAGGCAACGGCAUCAGUGGCGGCCCUCUUCCCCUCUCGGAGGUUGUGGCGAGUCUGUGCGGUGCGCUAACGGUUCUGGCGGAGGAGGACGCAAUGCCGUGCCCACAGUGGCUCUUCAUGUCCCCAGCAAAGGUCAUGUCGCGCGCGCCGCCGCCUUUUCAGUGGGUUGUGCAGCGCUGCGUGCGCACCUUGGCAGACACGCUUCAAGAGCAGCAGGAACUGCUGAAGCGAGUGUGGCUGAGGCUACCCUCUGCGCCGACGGAGGCAGCCUACGCCUCGGCAGCGGCAGCCGCAGCGUCUCGGGCGCUGACGCAGGAAAGGCCGCUUCUGCGCCUUCUCUUCGCCAUGCGUUUUGCCGCUGCCGAGGACGCAGAGGCUGGCAAGCUCGCUGAGCGGCUCACCGCCGUGUUCUGCAUCGGCGUCACGAGCUCCGUCUCCCGCACACUAUCGACUGAGGCGGCCAUGUGGCUGUGGCGCCGCGUCGUGGUUACGCAGCCGGAGCUGCGCCUCCAUCCACCGCCUCACUCUGCGGCUUCCAUCGCCGCCGCCGCGGCUGCUGCUGCUGCCGGUGGUGGUGGUGGUGCCUGUGCGACGUGGGACAUGAACGACGCUGUCGUCACAAACACAGCACGCACACAGGGGCACCGAUGGCUGGCGCUCUUGUGCGCGUGCACCUUUGACCAGAUGAGCGAGUGGGAAGUGCAGUGCGGGUGGUGGAUGGCGGCUCUGCUGGCGGACGUGGUGACGCUGGACGUGGAGCAGCGCCGCGCGCUUGCUGAGCAGGUUAUUCUCGCUCUCCCCACUGCCCCCAUGCUGGCCCUCAGCGAAGCAGCCACGCACGCGGUGGGCAGCACCCAUCAGGGAGUCGAGGAGGCAGCGGAGGACCAGCGCGGUGCUAUCGAGAAGAAGGGCGAGCAUCAACUGCGGGACAAGGGGGCGGAGUCGACGCAGCACCGCCACAGUGUUGUUCAACGGCUCUUGAUCCAGGUGCUUCGCAAGGCGGAGCAGUACCCGCAGGCGAGCCUUGCCAGCGUGCUGCUGCGUAUCAGCGACGCUCUGCCGCCGGCCGUGGCUGCGCGCGAUGUGCGGUUUCACAAGCAGGUCCAGCCACUGCUGGUGCAGCUGUGCUCACGCAGCCCUGACGUGCAGAAGCGCCUUACUCAGAAUGGCGCCGUGUGGCUGCGCCGCUGCACCGAACAGGCGACGCAGACGAUGAACGAGUGUCUGGCAGAUCAGGAGCGCCGCUUCCGCCAAUUCGAGCUGGAGGAGGCCACGCUACGGCGAGAGGAAGUGGAGGCGGCGCAGGCAGCCGUCGCGGCGGAGCGCUUGCGCCACGCGAACGAGGUGAAGCGAGUGGCAGAGUUGGGCCAGCAGCGGGCCGCCAAGCGGUCCACCGCGGCGUCGGAGGGGUCGCAGAACGGCAGUGUAGUCAGUCUCCCCAUGCGCAAGCCAUCCACCACGGUAUCUCAUCACAGCGACCACGGCAGCUCAGCCGUUGCAGCGACACGCCGUGAUCUGCGGCAGCAGCAGCUCUUCCCGGACCGGCCCCUCGCCAACUUAGCGGUGAAACGGGAGCGCACGCCGCCCGUCGGUGGCGCAGACACGCGCAGUCCCAAGAGCGCACCACCGCGGCCGGCUGACAACGGCUCAUCUGCAAUGAUUGAGUUGGACGUGGACAGCGACGAGGGAGACGCGAUGGUCGCCGCAUCCGCGCCGGCGCCGCUUGCCAAGGUGCCGAAGACGUCCCCGUCGACCACGGCGUCCACCACGGCGCGGGCAGCUCCGACGCGGCUGCAGCACAAGCUGCAAGAGAUCAAUGCCCGCAACACGCACCGGGUGCAUCACGCCGAGCAGCUGCGCCAGCUGCAAGAACGCCUGCGCCGAGUGGCCAUCAGCACGAAUCUCCUUCACCUGCAGCCGCCACUCGUCCACGACAUUGUUGGCCCUGCGUCGCAGUGCAUGGCUCCUAAAGUCCCUGUGCUGCCAGAGGUGUUCGUGUGUGCGUCCGAUGUGUUGCGGCGGGUCUCCUCUGACGGGUCCGCCGCCUCCGCUGGUGGUGCAUCGCUCAACGCGUCUGCCGCGAUGUCCUUUGGCGACGCAGCGAGCGAGUACGCGGUGCGCUUCGCGCCGCACAUUGCGUUGGAGCUGCGCUACGACAUCAUUCGGAACUAUGAAGACUUCCUGGAUGGUGUGUGUAAAGGACACGACAGGAGCGGCACGAACUCGUCGCAUCACUGCCACCACUCAGCCGCGACGGCACCAGUGACAGCGGGCGAGGGGGCAUCGCCGUCUCCCGUGAAUUGCCUAUGGAACAGUCUGCUGCCGCUGCACCCGGGCAUCCCGCCAGCGUGCGUGGCAGUGCAGAGCAGCUGCGCGGCGUCACGCGGGCACAACGGCGAGGUCAUGCCGGGCCCGCAAACUCUGCACUUUGAAGUGCAAGCGUGUGCCAACCCCGCUGUUGACGUGUAUCUGCAGCGGCAGCAGCAACAGGCGCAAGGCACCCAUUCGAGUGCGCAGAGAGGCUCAACAACCUCGACGAUCAUGCACCCCAAGUCUGUUGAUGCGGUGGUGGUGGCGGCUGCGCAGCAGGGGCUCUCUGCCGCCUUCUCAGAAGGCGACGUCGUCGCUGUACUGCUGCCUCUGCAAACAAUUUUGGCCAAGUGGGCUGAGCGCGAGCUGCGGCGCCCACUCUCCGACUGCCCCGUUGCCGAGCUUGAGCAUCGCGUGCACGAGAUGCUCGGCACUCUGCCGCGUAGUUGGCGCACCCUCGGCUGCGCUGUGCAGGUGUGCAACGUGCAGUCGCUGCCGCCAGGGGGGCGUACGGCACACCUGUGCGCAACUCCAUCAGUGGUGGAGCAAUCAUCAGGCGAUCAUGGGCCUCCCUCGCUGCGCUUCUCUCACGUAUUUCGCAUGGCGUACGACACGGCAUCGUCGCCAACCUUCUACGUCACGAAGCUCACCUCUGUCAACGCCUCGCUGAUGGAGCUAGAGGCGCUGCACAAGAUUGACCAUACCCGCUUCGCUGCCACUCUCUACGACCCGCGCAGCACGGCACCUGUCGGUGUGGCCUUCUGCGGCUGGGCCAACUCGCUCCUCUCCACCGCAGGCCAGUCCCACGCCGUGCCGCUGCUCGACCAGCUGCGCGCGCGCCUGCUCCUGCAGCAGCAGCUCAACGACUGGCAAACUCGCGCCAUCCUGGCCGUUCUGUACGCCGCGUGUCCCGGCUGGGACGACGGGGUGGCAGAGCAGAGCACAUGGGCACCUGUGCCGCGCGCACCGGAGGUGCUCGUGGUUGAGGGUCCGCCGGGCACCGGCAAGACGCAGACCAUCGGCUCGAUGGCGCUAAACCUACUGCACCACCUCACUCGAACACGGGGCACGGCGCGGCGCAUCUUGGUGUGUGCACCGUCGAACUGUGGGGUGGACGAAGCGCUGCUGCGUGUGGUGCGGCUGCGCGAGCAGCUGCGGGGAGCUGCACCCGGUGGUGCGCAACGGCCUGCGCAUGCGGUGCUGGCUGGCGGACUGCUGCGCAUCGGUGUGCGAGACCGGGUGGACAGGGAAGUGCUGCGGUUGCCGGAGCCCGUCUUCUUCGACGACGUUGUCGAGCGGCACGUGAGCGGUGCCCCGGCUACUGCGGAGAGUCUCGGGCGUGGCGAGCGUGCCGGCGCCGCUAGUGGGAGGGCGGCCGUGCGCAGCGCCGUUCGCACGCACACGCUGGAGUCCGCCGCCAUCGUCUUCUCCACGCUUGGCUCGCUUCACCACAUUGGCCGCCAGGUGCAAGGGCUCGCCUUCGACGUGGUCAUCGUGGACGAGGCGUCGCAGGGAACAGAGCCGGCCGUGCUGCAGGCGGUCGCUCUCGCCAAGAGCAAGAGCGUGCUCGUCGGCGACUCCCGCCAGCUGCAGCCCACAGUGCUCUCCUGGGAGGCGAGCCGCUGCGGGCUGCGGCGCAGUCUGCUGGUGCGCUUGCUCGCCUGCGGCCACCCCUCUUUCCUGCUGCGCACGCAGUACCGCAUGCACCCCGACAUUGCCGCCUUCCCCAACGAGUACUUCUACGGCUCGAGGCUGCUCACCGAUCGAAGCGUGCUUGCGCGGUCGCGCGCACAUGACAGCCCAACCGCCGCGCCGGCGACCAUCGCGCAGAGGCUCGGCCGAUGCCCACGCUUUGUGUUCGUGGACGUGCGUGACUCGCCGAUGGAGCGGCGGCGCUGCCGGUCGCUGCUCAACCGCCGCGAGGCCACCGCUGUGGUGGACUACAUGCGGCAGCUGCGCGCGUUCUUCAAGAUGACGGUGCGGGAGAUGGCUGCGCACGUCGGCAUCAUCACCUUCUACACUGCGCAGAAGGACACGAUCCUGUCGACCCUCACGCAGGAGGAGCGCCACAGUGGCGUGCAGGUGGCGACGGUGGACAGCUUCCAGGGGAAGGAGAAGCGGAUCAUCCUGCUGAGCUGCGUGCGGACGCUGAGCGCGGCGCGGCUGCAGCAGCUGCAGCGGCACGCGGCGCAAGGGGAGAAGGAGCGCGACAGUGAUGGCAGCGACGGUGUUGCCAGGGAGGAGCGCAGCGCGAAUCGACGCCUCGGUCGCUACGGGCUCGGAUUUCUGGCGGACUGGCAUCGCCUGAACGUUGCGCUGACGCGUGCGCAGGACUUGUGCGUGUGCUUUGCGAGCCGCGACACCGCGCGUGCCGUGGGCAUGGCUGUCAUGGCAUCUGCGGCGCCGGCAAAUGGCAUGACGACGCUGGAUAGCUCGGCGGAGGAAGUGGAGCACCAGCUGGCGGCGGACGAUGAGGACCCACUGGCGCUGUAUCGCAUGCUGGCGCACGCUGAAGCUCGCGAUCCGACACUACAGCCACCAGCGAGUGAGCCGGUGCUGCUUGACGCGUCGACAGACUCCGUGGAGAUCGUGGACGCGCCAGGCGCGAGCCGCUCGCGAGCGGCUUGCUUGACGUACCAUUGCAAGGCUCACCUCGUGAGGGAGCUCACGGCGCGGGCACGGGCCGGGCAGGCGCAGGAUGGCCUCCGAAACGUGCAGUGA